CGGAAAGUUUGUUGGCGGCCGAGGCAGGGACUCCGGCGGGGGGGUGCGCGCCAGCCCCAGCGCCCCCAGCUCGCGCGGGAGUCUUGCUCGCCAUGGGCCGUCCCCAACUGCUCCUGCCCCUGUGUGCCUCUGUGUCUCUGCUGGGUGGCCUGACCUUUGGUUACGAACUGGCGGUCAUAUCAGGCGCCCUGCUGCCCCUGCAGCUUGACUUCGGGCUAUCCUGCUUGGAGCAGGAGCUCCUGGUGGGCAGCCUGCUCCUGGGGGCUCUCCUGGCCUCCCUGGUGGGGGGCGUCCUCAUCGACCACUAUGGCAGGAAACAAGCCAUCCUCGGCAGUAACACAGUGCUCCUGGCAGGGAGCCUGAGCCUGGGCCUGGCUGGGUCCCUGGCCUGGCUGGUCCUGGGCCGCCUGGUGGCUGGCUUUGCCAUCUCCCUCUCCUCCAUGGCCUGCUGUAUUUAUGUGGCGGAGCUGGUGGGGCCACGGCAGCGGGGAGUGCUGGUGUCCCUCUACGAGGCUGGCAUCACCCUGGGGAUCCUGCUGUCCUAUGCACUCAACUACGCCCUGGCUGGUGUCCCCGGGGGGUGGAGGCAUAUGUUCGGCUGGGCUGUGGCUCCUGCUCUGCUGCAGUCCCUCAGCCUCUCCUGUCUCCCUGCUGGUACCACUGAGGCUGCACCCUGCAGGGACCUUAUUCCUCUCCAGGGAGGUGAGGCCCCCAAGCUUGCGAGGCCGAGCUACUCCUUUCUGGACCUCUUCAGGGCCCGGGAUAACAUGCGAGGCCGGACCGUGGUGGGCCUGGGACUGGUGAUCUUCCAGCAGCUAACUGGGCAGCCCAACGUGCUAUGCUACGCCUCCACCGUCUUCCACUCGGUCGGCUUCCGUGGGGCCUCCUCCGCCGUGCUGGCUUCCGUGGGGCUCGGCGCCGUGAAGGUGGUGGCUACCCUGACGGCACUGGGGCUGGUGGACCGAGCGGGCCGCAGGGCGCUGUUACUGGCUGGCUGUGCCCUCAUGGCCCUGUCGGUCAGUGGCAUCGGCCUCGUGAGCUUGGCCGUGCCCAUGGACUCCGGCCCAGGCUGCCUGGCCGCGCCCAACGCCAGCGGGCCGUCUGGCCUCCCCGGAGACUCGAGCCUGCCCCAGAGGCCUGUCCCUCCACACCCCCCACCAACGACCCGCCAGAACCCAGGGGAGCCAGGCUUGCCAGCCUCUAAGAAAAUCAAGACCCCCACAGCCUCUCUGUGGCCUGCCUUGGGCACCGCUACCCCCACGUCCCCCUCCGGCCCGGAGCGCGCCGCACUGCACUGGGCCGCGCUGGUCUGCAUGAUGGUCUUCGUGAGCGCCUUCUCCUUCGGGUUUGGACCAGUGACCUGGCUCGUCCUCAGCGAGAUCUAUCCCGUGGAGAUCCGAGGCAGAGCCUUCGCCUUCUGCAACAGCUUCAACUGGGCGACCAAUCUCCUUGUCAGCCUCUCCUUCCUCGACCUCAUCGGCGCCAUCGGCUUAUCCAGGACCUUCCUGCUCUACGGGCUGACCGCUGUCCUUGGCCUGGGUUUCAUCUAUGCAUUUGUCCCUGAAACAAAAGGCCAGUCCUUGGCAGAGAUAGACCAGCAGUUCCAGAAGAGAAGGUUCGCCCUGAGCUUUGGCUCCAGGCGGAACUCCGCCCGCAUUCCGUACACCCGCAUUGAGGCCUCUGCAGCCUCUUGAAGAGCCUAUCUGCCUGGAAGAUGCUGGAACCAUGGCUUUAGCAGAGAGUCUCCAGCUUCCUGCUUGCCUGGCCCCUGGAGCACGAGUUCUCAGAGGUCCUGUAAGUCAUCCCUGCUCCAGAGAAGGUCUUUGGGCCCAGGUGAAAGAGGAGAAAGUUUGAGAACCCAAAUGUCUUCCUUUUGACUCUCAGGCUCUGAGGGGUCCUGAGGAUCUGCCUUCUUGCCUCAGUGUCCCUGAGUCUCUGCACAUCCCUGCAGUACUUAUAAUGACAACAUCUCAUGGAGGCUGUUGCUUUCUCAAAGAACUUCUAAGAUCCCAGCCCUGGAAGGAAGUCUCCUCUGGCCUCACCCCCAAAUCCAGAUGAGGAGGCUAUAUUCUCUGCUCUGUUUUCCCAUCUGGCUGGGACUUUCUGGUGAGAGGAAGCCUGCUUUUGUCAUUCACCAGCAACUCAGACUGGUGGAGGGAGAAGAUGCGUGAGUUCCAACCUUUCUUCUCUGGUGUCCUAGUUGUAUGACCAUAGG